GCAACUUUGGGUAUUCUGCGGCAAUAUUCGGUGUAACAUUAGACUGUUUCCCGACACUGUACACAAUGCUGCCGGUGUUGCUUGGUGCUACACGCCGGGGGGCUCAGCUGCAGCAGACGGGCAUCCUCUCCGCGCUCUUCAGCACCACCAGCGGAAGCCUGAACUCUGCGGCCGCUGCAACUGCUGCGAGUCAACAACCGGCGGCAAAGGCUCCACUGUCGAAGCCACCGCUCUACAAAGAAUUCCAAAUUUACCGCUGGAAUCCGAACGGCGAUGAAAAGCCAAAGUAUGUUUCAUACCAGGUUGACAUCAACAACUGCGGGCCAAUGAUGCUGGAUGUGCUCCUUAAAAUUAAGGAUGAACAGGACCAGACCCUAUCCUUGCGGCGGUCUUGUCGGGAGGGUAUCUGCGGCUCUUGUGCUAUGAACAUCGACGGUACCAACACGCUUGCGUGCCUUUGUAAGGUCAACCGAGACCCGGGGCACGUGGGCAAGGUCGCUCCCCUGCCGCACAUGUUCGUGGUGAAGGACUUAGUGGUGGACAUGUCAAACUUUUACGCGCAGUACAAGUCAAUUAAGCCCUACUUGCAAAAGAAAGAAGCAUCAAGCGGCAAGGAGUGGUACCAGUCGAAGGAGAGCCGCGCAAAGCUGGACGGCAUGUACGAGUGCAUCCUGUGCGCCUGCUGCUCAACAUCCUGCCCGUCCUAUUGGUGGAACAGCGACAAGUACCUGGGGCCCGCUGUGUUGCUGGCGGCGUACAGGUGGAUCAUUGACAGCCGUGACGACUACACGGCGGAGCGCAUGGCCCAGCUGGAUGAUGCGUACAAGCUGUACCGCUGCAAGACCAUUAUGAACUGCGCCACCGUGUGCCCUAAGGGCCUCAACCCAGGCAAGGCCAUUGCCAAGCUCAAGCAGACCAUGCACAAGGGCCAGCCCGUGUAGGGAGAGUGGACGAACACGUAUCCCCCCUCCGGUCACUUGACUGCUGCCGCUAAGGCAACGGAUUUGAGUGGCGCCUCAUAUCGUCCCCGCACCUUUAAAAUCACAGCGCCGGCCAUUGAUGACUCGGGUUUCAAAUAGGCUGUGCAGGCAUUAUCGAGGGCUCUUUCGGCACCUGGCGUCCGGGGCUAGUUGCGCGUGUAGCGCCGGCCCACUCUCCCACGGGCCCCAUUAG